UGACGUAGUAAACAAAUACACAAAAUAAAUAUGGCCACUACUGUUUGGCUGAUAUACUUGCAGUUCAUUGUUAUUUAUGCAGGAUAUCCAACGGAAUACACAGAUAAACUUAUUGUUAAAUUUCAAGAGAAUCAUUUAGAAAUAGUGGAAAAAUGUAUGGCACAACUUCAGUAUGUGUUCGUUGACAAGAUCAUUGACGGGCUAUACGUUUUUGAAAAAUCUGAUGGUAUUGCCGGGGAACUUCUUGAUGAACAGCUACAAAAAAUAAAGGACCAUUGUGAUGGCAAGAUCGAAGACAUAGAACAAAGUCGAUACAUGUUUCCUCUGGUACCGAUUAAAGCUAAUGACGAAGACGAUGGUAAUGCACAUCACAACUAUUUGAUUGAGGACUGCCAUUUCUUGUACCACGAAACACACGGUAUUUCACAAGCUUGGUCCUCCGGCUACAGCGGCAAAGGUGUUGUCAUUGGGAUGAUCAAUGUUGGGUUCCCAGUAUUACUUCCGGACUCACUCCCCAUCAAUAUUUCGUUGUCACACGAUUUCGGAGGGUAUGCUGGCGGGAGUCAUAUAGCGAAAAUGUUGUCCAACGAAACAAGCAUUGCCAAGAUUCCAAUAGAAACCUGUAAUUUUUGUGAUGUUGGCGUAGCUUAUAAUGCAGAAUUCGUUGAUCUUGAGAUUGGAGCAAUGUUUAACAAAACGCAUUCUAGCGUUUCUGAUGAUGACAUGUUUGCAAGAGCAUUAGUUUACAAACAGUUACAGAUUGAUAUAUAUGCUUGCGAAUGGAAAUUCAGUUUUCACCUUAAUCCAAUCGACAUUGCUAUUCAGUCGUCCAUUCUAAGUGGAGUUAAAAAGGGUCGAGGAGGGCUUGGAUCGAUAUACGUUCUACCUUCCGGUCAUGCGGGAGAUGGGUUUUUUAAUGACACGUUUGUUAUCUCGGUUGGAUCUGUAGUUUCUAACCAAACACACCAUAGCGAUCUAAUCAUCAAUUCGGCCACAUUAGUUUCUGCAAUUAUCACGGACGGCUAUAAAGCCAGAAAGGGAAGCAGUUUAUGUUUUGGACCCAACAUGGCGACUGGAAUGAUUGCAGGGAUGAUCGCAUUAAUCAUACAGGCAAAUCACAUCUUGAGCAUUCGCGAUAUCAAGCAAAUCCUUAUCCAAUCUUCGACACAUCUAGGACUUGAUUUCUCAAACGAAUUCAGACCAAACGGGGCUGGAAAUUACUUUCAUCCAUCAUUGGGAUUCGGAUAUCCAAAUGCAUCACAGAUGAUUGAAUUUGCAAAAUCGUGGAAACGACUCCCAAUGCAGUACAAUUACAGGUACAAGAUGGACAACAAACAUGAAGCCUCCUUUCAUUCGUUUAUGGUUAGUGGCAAGAAGUAUGUACACAAAAUUGAAGAAGUUGUGGUUCAAAUAAAAAGAAUAACUUUUUGGAAGCGAUUCACUCUUUUUCUAAUCUCUCCAAAUGGAACGCUUUCCUUUCUUUAUGAGUCACCAAUUAUUCCAACAGACCAUUGGUCAAGAACACCUGUGAGUCGAUGGUUUAUGUCUACACACUUUUGGGGAGAAAAUAGUCAUGGCAUUUGGAAAUUGCAUUGUUUAGGUUGUAGUUUUAUGUCUGCCGUGCUCGUCAUUCAAGGACUAGAACAAAGUGACAAAGACAUAUCAUCGCGUGAAACAAGCUCCCCAAAAAACGAUUCGAUUUCUUUUGUCGUUAUACUGAUACCGUCAGUUAUAAUAUAUAUAUCAAUUAUUAUUGUUUUAUUAAUUUGUUUUAGAAUAAGGCAAAGCAAAUACUCAUUUCUAAGCGUACGACCACGAAGCAGCUUAACAUAAAAUAUUGAACUCCAUGCCACUGUUUUAUUGUAUCGAACAUGGUGUUGAACUCGCAUAAAAAAGUUAAAAAUUUACACCUUUUCUCGCCCAUCUUGCGCCGCCAUUUUGGCAGUUUUUAAAAAGAUAAUUAUCGUAAAAUAUAUCAAUAGAUUAAAUAAAACUGUGGCAAAAAAAACGGAACACAAAAUGGCUACGUUUUAAAAUAAAUCCCAGCAUAUUUCUCAUAUAAGGCGAGUUUCGGCAAAUUCUAUAUUUGCCGAGUUGUGUGGCCAAUCAAAAAGGCAGAAACUCAUUGGGAGUUUGGUCGAUAUUGACUGAGUUUUGGCACAUAUUGUCGUCAAUUGUCUAAUAUUUUUACCACAAUUGGCUUUCGUAUCGCGUCAAAUACGUAAAUGUUGAUUAAUGAAAGAUGCUAUCCUCCCAAAUCGAGUGUGUCCUAUUAUUUCCGAUAUUUACCAUUAACAUUUUGAUUUAGAAAUUUAUUUUUAAUAUUUUUGAAAUACUUUGCUUUUUUGUUAUGUUUUUAUUUGUUUUAAUAUUUUUUCUAUAAUAUGCCAUGUUUUAUUGAGACCAUACUAAUUAUUUUCUGAUGCAUGUCAUAUUGUGAAGAAAUUGUUAACAUGUAAACGACAACAAACAAUUGUGUAAGUCUGUCUGUCUGUCUGUCUGAAUUUAAAAACACCUAGCCAUGUUGAAGGCCUUUUGAACAAAGAUUUUAGACCAUUAAUAAAAUAAAUUUGGGAUAUAAGUUUUUGAUACCUUAAAGGACCUGUUAUUCUUAUAGUUUUAAGACAACAACGAAACGGACUUCAUUAUUUUCUGAAAUAUACUAUACACAUUUUGAAUUUUGUCAAAUCUCAUUUAAUAUUUAAGGCAACUUUAUUAUAUUGAUGAUAUGCAUGUUCAAGUAUGUGUAAAAUAUAAUUAUGGCUAGUUGAACUGAUUUAUUUUGAGUUUAAUGAGCCUUUGUCAUCAUCAAGCCACUGUGACCAUACAUACAACAAACAACUUUUAAUGUUGAUAUUUAAAUAUGCACUCUUACUCCCGAAAACGAUUUUUCACAAUUUAUUAAUUGUUUUAUGAUAUUAAGACGGAUAAAAAUAUAGCAAAUAAUGGUUUUUAUGAAGAAUACAGAGUUUAAUUUGAAAGAAAAAAGCAGAAAACACAGUAUUUAUACCUGAUGAGAUGAAAAUAGAUCACAGUAAAUAUUUAAGUAAUCACCACUCAUUUGAAAAAAAUGCGUUUUCAGCUAUUAAAUACAUCGUUACAAUGUUAUCAGAAAUCAAUAUUUUCAUUUUUUUUAGUAAAUAGUGAAUGGUUUAUCACUCUAAAAUUAUGUAUGUCAUACAUAUGUAUGUAUUAAAUUUGAAUAAAAAAAUACAUUGAAAUCGAA